GCAGAGUCUAUGUUGUGAAAACACAGAUGCCAGAUGAACCUUUCACCAAGGAUAACUACGCGCCCCUGAACAUUAAUAUAGUCAUCAGAUUGUGCUCACAUCACGUCCACAGUAGAGAUGGUUGCACGAUAGACCAAACAUCAACAUAUCUGAACUUACUUCAUAACGGCACGGUAAUCUACAACGAGAGGUAUCUUGGAGAUAUAAACCAUGUCUUCCUCGAGUUUCCUUUGGAUGACAGAGCACUUGAGCAUGACUGGAUCCCAGAAUUUCUCAAUGUAAAUGGUCAGGAUUCACAUUUCCACUGCUCAAGGGAAUUUUCACACAGUCAGCAUUCUGGCCUUGGACGACACCGACGUUCGGCCAGUCGAGAUUUGAAGAUUGUAAUAGGCACAAGUGGAAAGGACUACGGAGGUACUGAUGCCACCGUCUACAUGACAAUUUACGGCGACAAAGACCAAUCUUACAAAUUUCUCCUUCUGGAAGCUUUGAGAGAGGACAAUCGGAUACCAGUUACCGUAGCAUCAAUGAAAUAGGAAGAAUACAGUAUAUACGCAUUGGGCAUGAUAACACAGGAAUGAAUGCUGCCUGGAAGUUACAGUGGGUGCGCAUUUAUGAAAGUUCUGAACCGGGAGUAUCAUAUAAAUUUGAAUUUGACGACUGGGUGGUUGACAAGGCUGUAAAGCUCACGCACAGCACAGAUUGCCCGGUUAUACCCAACUGUGCAACACAGCGUUGUGAAACCUGUACAACAUGCAAGCCGCGCUUGAAGGAUGUUUUCUUCAGAUUAUCUCCAAAUAAAAGAAGAUGUCAGAGAUGUCCUGUCAUUCCAAACUGUAAGACACAGAUAUGUCGGACAUGUGCUGCUUGCAAUCCAUCCACUCAAAACGCCUUCUUCGAACUAUCUGCAGACAAAACUGAGUGUUCACGAUGUCCUUUUAUUGAAAACUGUGAGAUACAUUCUUGUGGGACCUGUGAUACUUGCAAUUCACCAACCGAAAACAACGUCAUCUUCAAACUAUGUUCAGCGAAAACUAAGUGUUCACGUUCAUGUCGAGAUAUGAGAAGUACAGUUGAAAUGUCCCUGCAGUGGUUGAGUAAAGACGAGGAGAGAUGUGACCUCACCUGCUCAUACGUGGACAACAGGUGGUGCUGGCCUGGCAGAUGUUACAAUGGUCUAAUGACAUCCUGCUCGUGUGAAAGUGGCUUCAGGAAGUCAAAGAACGCCAUGUGUGACAUUAAAACAAAGUCGGAGUUGGUCACUUGCAACCUUGGAAUAGAAGACCACAGAAGUGAGAUCAGGAACACCACCCGUAUUGGCAAGAGCACAAGCUGUUAUUCACAGAGAGACGUAUACAUCAACAUACAACCUGAGUCAAUGUCCUUUAAAAUAACAGCUCAGUUUCAAAGGAAAGGAUAUUCAAAACAACCUGUAUACAUCCAUGCAACCUAUAUCGGCAUCGUGGACAGCAGCCUGUCAGUUAUAAGAAAAGGCAUCUCAGGUUCAGAACGCAUUUUGUCUUCCGCCAAGUUGAGGGGAGGUGGCGACUGCAGCCGGACCCUCUCGUCGUCCAAACCUUCAACACUGGUCUCAUGUGACGGAGUACUGAGAGGUUCAUCCUCCCUGGUUAAUGGAGAAUGGUUAUGUGGAGUAAUCAAGGUCUAUUCAGGAGGUUCAUUUCAUUACAAGAACUUCCAUGGGCACUACCUUGGCAACAAGAGGUUCACCCCCCUUGACGAAAGCAAGACCAUCUGCUUCAGAUACGACAAUGUUGCCCCAGUUCACUGUGCAAGAGAUUCAAGAUUUCCAUGUUCCUCGGACAGUCCCAUGCGCCUAUCCACAAGAACAACUAAAUCCCCUAACAUCACUGUUGGUGUGUCAGGCUGGGUAGAUCCCUAUCCUAAGUCUGGAAAACUAGAACAAGCCUCAGGAAUAAAGUAUUAUAAGGUGGAUGUUUAUGGUAUGAGACAUCUCGGCCUUGAUACACUAGAUGUGGACUAUAAAAAAAUAUGUGUUUGAAUCAGACCAGCUGAUCGGAAACAGUGUGAACAUCACAGUCUCACUCCCAUCAGAGCCUGCCAUGUAUGUAACAUAUGUGGAAGUCCACGAUGUUGCUGGAAAUGUCAGAUUUGUACGACGUUUUCUUUUGUACGAUAAUUCAUCUAUACUCGAGGUUAGGACAUCUCGAGUAUUGAGGGUCAUAUCUGCGUCAAAGGACACGAAAUAUACUUGGCAAAUUCACCAUGGGGACAUUCAGUUAGACUGGAAGGAACGUUAUCAUAAUGAUCAUUACAUAAUGAAUGACUAUUUUUGCCAAGUGAAACGAGACACAGACAAUGGUAUAUCAGGUGUAUAUGAUCAAGUGACGGGCAUUUUACCUGUCACCGGUACUGUGAGUAUCAAUGGCAUCACAAGUUUCAAGUACCAAUGGAGUCUCAACAAUGGUU